AUGUACGUUGACCAGAACGCACACCCGAAGCACUCCAAGGUGGAUGGUGUGCUGUUCCAGGUGUUCACUGCAUUCGGUAUAAUGCCUGUUGCUUUGAUGGGGUUGGCCCUCGGACAAAGCGUCAAUUUUGAGAAGAAUGCGAACAUGAAUGGUCGUAUGCAGGGCUUCUGCGCCUUUUCGACAGCUCUGUCAGUGCUCAUGAUUGUGCUUGGCAUCUUCUUGGGCGAGAGCAAGGCCAAGUUCGCUGGUGGCAGGGACGAUGUGGGUGAUUCCGGUGCGCUUGAUAUCAACGAGUACAGCUACAUGCAGAUGAUCGGGCCCCUGGUGAUGGGGAGUGUGACUGCUGGGACGUUGCAGUUGACUGGUAUCAAUGCUGUGAUGAAUUAUGCGCCGACAAUCAUGAGCAACUUGGGGAUGGAACCUCUUGUGGGUAACUUUGUGGUGAUGAUGUGGAACUUCGUGACGGCUCUGGUCUCGAUCCCGCUUGCCUCGUACUUCACGAUGCGUCAGCUGUUUAUCUCCUCUUCGCUCACGGCAUCCCUUUCAUGUUUGUUUCUGUGCGGUGUCCCUGUGUAUCCUGGUGUUGCAUCUACAAGUGCGAAGAACGGUGUUGCGAUCACUGGGAUUGCUGUGUUCAUUGCUGCGUUUGAGUUUGGCAUUGGCCCGUGCUUCUUCGUACUGGCUCAGGAUCUGUUCCCGCGCUCGUUCCGUCCGAAGGGUUCCUCCUUUGUAAUGGUGGUGCAGUUAGUUUUCUGGGAGCUUGUGGAAAGAAUAUGUGCCUGGUUUUGGUCCAUAACAGUUUGGGCUUUUGGGGAGUUGUGUACUCUUCUUCUUUUCUUGGGUUUUGUUGUAGUCUAA